AUGUCCUCCAUCCUUCUCCAAAUCAUCAGUAGCACCUGCGCUUGGCUUUUCCUUUACUGGGGUUUUUUGCAUCGAAGCAGGCAUCGCAGCGCAGAAUGGAGCUGUCGAAUGGUCACUUUGUUGCAUGGCACGAUGGUCUCUUUCCUCUCUGGCUACGUUGUCUUCAUUGAUGGUCCCUGGCCGCUGACUCACGCAGGCCAUCCAAACACGCCUCUCCAAGAGUUCAUCCUCUGUCUGUCGCUGGGCUAUUUCAUCUUUGACUUCUGCUGGUGUGUCCUUUUCGAAGGCGAGACCGAUCUGAUGCUGACUCACCACCUGCUCAGCAUGAGCGGCAUGUCGCUGGUCUUGGAUACCGGCAAGUCGGGCCCUGAGAUCAUCGCCAUCAUCUUCGUGAGCGAGAUCACCAACCCGUUUUUGCAAAUGCGCUGGUUCCUACGAGACAGCGGAAGCUACCAGAGCCUGGCUGGAGAUGUGGUGGAUAUCCUGUUUGUGACUCUCUUCCUGGGGCUGCGGAUUGUCGGGGGUGCGUGGAUUAUUGAUUCUGUGAUGAAGUCACCCCAGACAUUUGGGACACUUAAGGGUGGAAUCCUCGCUAUGUACGCCGUAUCCUUCAUGUUUUUGCUGGAGAUCUUCACUUUUGCCAAGAAGAAAAUCCUCAAGAAAUUCCAGGCUUGGAAAAGUGAAAGAACCCAAGAAGAUCACACCAAGUGUAACAGGCCUCUUCCCAACUUGGGUAUCCAGGGGCCUGUUGAACCCAACUUGCAAGGAGCAAAUGGAUCUUGCUGA